AUGCAGUUCUCUAUUGCCCUGAUCUCCUCUCUCCUGGCUUUUGCCACUGCGGCUCCUGCCCCGGUCGAAGUUGCCGCUGUCUCGAUUGCUGAAAGGACCAUCAUGUUUCCUGAGUGCUCAGCGGCCUGCAUUUUGUUCUGCAUGUCGCAGGCUAACCCUCUCUGCGCUGCCACCUGCAUCGGCAUCUGCGCCUCGACGGUCGAGCCUGGUACCCCGAUCGAGGGCAUUGACGCCGGCGAGGGUGCCUCCUUGGUUUUCCACGCCGACGGAAAGGAUUUGUCCGGGUCUGUCUGGUAG